UUUUGGAGGUAAUCAAUUCAUCGUUAUCGAUAUUUUGACUCUCUAGUCAAAACAAAAACUCUGGAAUGAGCUUUGUGAGUAAAGAAACUAGAGUGGUAAUGUGGCUGGAAAUGGAACGUGAUCGUGGUGAAUUGUUUAACAAUUCGAAAUAAUGGAAAGAAAAUCACACAGCUAUUUUUUAAAAUUGAAAUAGUACUUUUUUAAUAUUGAUCCUAAUGAAUAUCAUCUUGCGAAGAUUUUAAAUUACCGGCUUUUCAUUUGCUGUCAAAAUGAUGAAAUUCAGUGCUUUAAAUGAAUCCUCACUCUCAGAUGAUAAUGGUGAUCCAGAAUUGGCUUCUAGGGAAGCUCAGGAAGAAGAGGCGUAUUCAUUGUAUCAUUCAGCAUUAAAGAAACAGAGUGAAGGAAAGACUGAAGAAGCUGAAAACAUGUUAAAAGAAAUUUUAGAAAUGGAGUUCUUAACUCAGGCUCAGCCUAGUGAAGAUUCAAAUGAUGCCCCUUUAGGUCCAGCAUUGACAUUGAAAUAUCUUUUAUAUAAAAAUUUAGCAAAUGUAUCGAAUGCAAAAAAAGACUUUCGAGCUGCAGUUGAAUAUUUCCUAGAGGCCCUUGAAAUUGAUGGUACUGAUGUUUUUAUGUGGUAUCAAAUUGGGAAGGCUGCUUUAAAUAUUCAUAAUUAUGCAUUAGCCAGACUGUGCUUUGAAGAGGGCUUAAAAUGUAAUCCAAAUCAUUGGCCAUGCAUAGAUAAUGUUAUCACUGUGAUGCAUGCUCUUAAUGAUUAUGCAAAUUGCUUGUAUUAUAUUGCUAAAGCUCUUGAGCGUGAAUGUUAUUACUUAAAAGGGCUUGCUUUUAAAGAUGAAAUUUACAGGGAAGAUCCUAGCUUAAAAUCUUUCUGUGAAGGUUAUUUUAAAAAAUGUGAUUCUUCCAUCCAUUUUGCUGAGUAUGAUAAAGAAGAGGCUAAAAAGUUCAUUCAGGAGUCUUUAGAUAUGAGAGCAAAAAAGCAAUCAUUUUACAAGCCUACACCACAGCCUGUAUUAAGUUUAACUCAACCUAUCAAAGAAAAUACAUGGAAGAGCUUAGGUGAAAGCCUCAUCAGUAUGUAUGACUGUAUAAAACAAGCCAAUCCUACUAUUUCCUUUACUUGCAAAAUUGAUUUGUCACCAUAUGUUGGAAAUUCAAAUAAAAAUCAAGAUAUCGGUGUUGAUAAACAUGCAUCACCCUCUCCGGUAUCCUCAUUAUCUGAAGCUUGUAGCAGUAACUCUGCUGCAGCACCAUAUGCUGUGCCUACUUCACAAAAAUCUGACGGCUUGCUGCAACUUGCUACUUUACCUCCUGAAGAUUACAGAAGUAGAAGAAGUUCGGUUAUAGAUAUGGAGGUAGAUGAAAUUCCUACAACCAGUGCAAAUGCAAGCCCUUAUUCUCUGGUGUUACCUCAAAUUGAUACUACCCCAACUGAUCUUUCUAUAUGUGCUGAUUCUACAUCAAGUAAUAAAAGAACCUCAAAGAGAAAACGAUUGCUAUCAGAAUUAACUGAAUUAUCUGCAAAAAGGCGAUCUUCUCGUGUUAGAAAUCCAGCUGUCAAAAAACCCCAAGAUAAUAUUAAUUAUCAAGAGCUUUUACAAAAAUUCCUUCCACCUAAGCUAAUCGGGGAUGGUAAAUGUGAAGAUCCAGACUUUGACAGUGAACCUACAUCUCUGGACAAAACAAGUGCUGAUGUCAGCUGUGGGCAAUCAUCAGAUAAUGACAAAAGAAAUAUCUGUGAUUUGACAUCAUCAGAAAAAGAAGAUGUGUCUCAAUUUCUUGCUAAUAACCAGUCAAAUGCAGGCAUAAUUGACUUACUGUACAAAUAUGUUGUAUUCCUUGGAAGAAAAAAUACUUGUAUUUGGCCUAAGAAUCUUGUUGAUGUAUUUUGUGAAACUUUCUCUAGACUACGAAACCACAUCACAACUCCUAACCUUUUCAGUCACAGUGCUGAUCGUGAUCGUAUUAAAGAAAUAGGAUUGGCUAUUUUAACAUAUUGUGAAUUUAAAGUGGACAAAUGGUAUCUCAGCACAGGACAUUCAAUGUCAUUUUCACCCAAAACAGCAACUGGGGCUUCCUCUUUUCAAAAUGGUAAUGAUAGAAUGGGAAAUGAUUUUCAUUCAGACAUGGAGUUUCUUGUUAUGCUUACAGUUAGAAGAGAUGUUUUAGAAAAGGAUUGGUUAGAUUUCAGUGCUAGAGCUUUGUGGCUGAAGGCUAAAUUUCAUUCGUUAGAAGGUGAAAUCGAUCUUGCAAUUUGCUGCAUGGAGAAGCUGAGUGAUGUUCUCUGUGAUGAAAAUGAUAUCAAAAUAACUGUUCAAAAUAGCAGCUUUUCUAACAUUAUUACAGCUGAUAAAGUACAGCAGCAAUUAGAAUCUCUACAAAGAUGCCAGUCCCUGGAAGAGGUUCAAAGAUUAUAUGAGCAUGGUGAUUAUAAUGCUGUUGUUAAUUUGCUUAUAUUAACAUUUAAUCAACCUAGAACUAAGAGAAAGCAAUCACUGGAUGGUGUGCCAGAAAGGCAUGCUCAACUUUUACUCUUGCAGAAUUCAUUGUUGAAGUUGGAACGAUAUAGAGACUGUGUGUUUUGGAGUGAAGUAUCAUUUAAUGAAGCUUUGCAGCAAUUUAUGAAUGCUGCAAGAUCUGAUUGGUCUGAAACAAUGGCUCAUCUUCUUAAUGGAUUGGAUAAAUGUAUAAAGUUAGAUGCAAAAUAUAUAAGAGGUCUUGAUGAUUCCAAACUUGUUCGUCUUACUCAAAACUUAAUUCUUGUGAUUGUUAUACAAAUGGAAAACUAUGACUUCUCUUCUGAUAAUGCUUCAUUACUCGUUGUUUUACCUUGGAUAACAUUAUAUCAUCUUAUUCUUAAUGAAGAAAACAGAACACCAAAAAAGGCAUCAAAUGUUGAUUUACUGAAUACUUCAAUGCCAUCUUCACUUAUGCUUCUUUUCAGUGCCCAUGAAUAUUUAGGAAGGCGCUCCUGGUGUACUGCUGCAGAUGGUUUGUUGCUAUUCCACAUUAUUAAUGUUUGUAUGGCUGAAUUGCAAGACAACACAGGGAAAUCCUACCUUUAUAAAGAAGAAUUAGAAGCUGGGCUAGAACAAUGCAUUUAUUGUUUGUAUGGUCAUCCCCAUAAAAGAACCAGGGCUAAACACUUGCAAGAACACAGUGCUCGACAAAUUCCACUGACUUGGGAAAAAGCAUGCUUAAUAUUUCAGUAUUUUAAACCAAAUGUCCUUCCUGAAUUUGACAGUUACCGUACUAGCACUGUAUCUGCUGAGUUGGAAAGUUUACUGAAAAGAAUUUCAGCCUUGGUACCUCCUGAUGAAGAUCCAACUAAUCGGGUGGAUAAUUACACUGCUUACAUUGAAGGUGUGACAGAAAAGUGUCCUGAAGCCCCCUUCAAGGAUAAAACUAUCAGCCUGGUUGUAAAGGAUUUAUAUUACUUGCUUGCUGAUUAUUAUUUCAAGAACAAAGAAUUCAGCAAAGCUAUUCGAUUUUACCUCAUGGAUAUCUGCAUCAAUCCUGACAGACAAGAUUCUUGGGCUGGCAUGGCACUUUCUCGUAGUUCACAAUUGGAUCAAAAGCUGAAUUCGUAUGAACUUCGGAAUGAGUCUACAAUAUAUAGAAAGUCAGCUGCUGCAUUAAAAUGUUUUGAACAUUCUCUGGAAUUGGAUCCUACAACUACCUCCCUUUGGAUCGAGCAUGGCUCUUUAGCUUACAUUUUACAUUCCCAUGCUUCUAGACAACUUAAACAGGAUGCUGUAUGUGAUGAACUUUAUGAAUUGUUGAAGAAGAAGAAACUCGAAAUGUUGCAAGUCGCUGAGAAGUGUUUCCGGGCUGCUAAUCAUUGUGAUGAUGGAGGAGAGCCUGAAGAAGCUUGGUUGCAUCAUUAUAUGCUAGGAAAAAUUUGUGAAAAGAAAGGUGAAGGCCCAGCUGUGUAUAUGGAUCAUUAUCAAAAGGCUUUAAUGUAUCUUCAUGAAGACUUUGCUCGAUAUCCUCAGAAGAUACAGUACCAUAAUCCUCUUGAAUUGUCAGUUGAAGCUCUGGAAGUCUAUUAUAGAAUUCAUGCUAGCUGUUUAAAGUUUCUGUGGAAGUAUGAAGACAUAGGCAUAGAUCUGGCAACUCUGAAGAUUAUAAGGAAAUGCCUGAGUGUUGUUGCAAAAAGCCCAUUUGCUAACUUUCAAGAAAAAUGUAAAAAAGAAAUCUCAUGUUCAUCAUCUGCUCCUUCUGAGUUAGAAGAUAAUGUGCCUAAUACCUCAAAUCCUGUUGAAUCAGUCAAAAUAGUAGAUCACAACUAUUAUGAUAAUGUUGAGAAAGACCUUCAAAAGAUUACUGAGGAUUCUACAAAGAGACAAAGUCGUUCCUCUAUUGAUUCACCACCAGAUACUCAAGACAAGGGGAUGAUAAAGGAAGUUGUAGAUUCUUUAGUUGGAGCUGUUGCUGAACGUUGUGUUGAUGAGGAACUUGCAAAAAAGAAUGCUUCUUCAGACUCCAAGAAAGAUUCUAAAAUAAUUAUUGAAAUUGCUGCAGAAGAAUCAGUUUAUACUUCAAAGCUUUCUUCUGCAGAAUCAAGCCCACCUGAUUCUGUAAAGCAACCCUUGAGUCCAUCAAAACAGAUUGCUGAAGCAAUAACCAAGAUCCCAGGAAAAGUUGAAAAGGAAGUAGAAAAAGAAAUAUUUGCUACUGAAGAACCAGAAAUGGUGAUUGAAGAAAAAGAUGAAUUAACAAAACAGCGUGAAUUAGCUCUUGAGCUAGAAGCUGAAGCAGCAGCUUCAAAAUUAGUUGAAGAAAUGAGAUUAGAAAGUGAUGCACUUGGAGAUAUGGAUUAUUGCAGUUAUGACAUUUAUUCUACAAAGCAUGAAAGUUAUGAUCCAUCAAUUUAUUAUGAAUGCAUGGAUUUUAUUGAAGAACAACCAGUGGAGCAAAUUGUGGAGGAAUCAGUGGAAAGCAGUGAAAUAGAAGAGGAUAUUUUAUCAGCUAUGUCUGCAAUGCUUGAUAAACUGGAAGAAUCAGAAAUAUCAAGUUCUACUGAUGUCGAAAUGUUGGAAGCAGCUGAAGCAAUUGAAACUGAAGCAAAAAAUGAAGUAGGUGAAAUUUCUGUACCAAGGGAUGAUGUCAAAGCUGAAGUUAUUGAUGCAAGUGAAAUAUUAGAUUCAGAAAUGACAGAUGACACUGGUGAAUUGCAAAUUGUAGAAAAUGAACAAGUAGAUUUGGUAACUAAUGUUAGCAUUGAACUUGUGGAACAAAAGUCUGAUGUGGUUUCUGAUUGUAAUAUUAAGGCUUUAAAGGAUGAUAAGAAGGUAAAGGACUCUCCAAAACCAGAUUCAGUUGAUGAAGAGCAAAGUGAUACAAAGACAGAUGCUGAGGUGACUUCUACCAAAGAUAAUAUAAAAGAAAUAGCUUUCACUUCAACUAAAACUGUUGAAGAAACUAAGAAAAAUACUACUGAAGAAAAUAAUGUUGAUAAACCUCCCAAAUGUAUAAAUUCUGAAGAUGAACAGAUAGCAACAAAAGAUUCAAGUAAAAAUCAAGAACCAAUCAAAACUCACUGUACAAAAGAUAGCAAAAAUACUGAAGAGUCAAAAGUAAAUAAACAGAAGAAUAAGAAACCUGUUGAAAAAUCUGCAGUUUCCAAGGAAAUUGCUGUUCCUCCAACUCCUGAAGAAUUAUUGUACAGCCAAUCCAAAAUUGCAGAAUUGAUUCCUGUAUGUUUGGAUGCAAUGCGAGAAUGUCUUCAGAGGUUUAUUCAGCAUUAUAAAUCAUUAUAUCGUAUGGCUCACUAUUAUUGCCAUUCGAAGAAAAAUAAGAAUCUUCAGUGGGCUCGUGAGAUUUUACUUGCUGCUACACCACCAACAAAGAAGUACCCUUCUAUGCCAGGUUUAUUUGCAGACCGCAAAAAUACUAAUUUCUUUAAUGGUAUUUGGAGAGCUCCCAGCAAUGAAAUUGAUCGUCCUGGAAGUUUUGGAGCUCACAUGUAUCGAUCCAUUGCCUUAUUAAUUCAGGUGCUGACUGAGCAGAAAGAUUACAAUAUGCUCGUGUUACUCACUCAGCAGUUGUACAGGACACCUGAUUUGGGAAAAAAAUAUAUGCGGGAUACUGAUCGUGUGUACUUGGUCAGACGAGCGUACGAUUGCUGUGUGAAUAUACUUCGAGAUCAGAUGAACUCUUUGCUUCAAGAAGAACCACCGCCAGAAGAGAGUCGACUGAUAUGCUGUCUGUUAGAAAUCUAUAGAACUUGUCAAACACUCCUGAAAGCUGGAAUAUAUGCCGAUGAGACAAAUGAUCUUCUGGAAGAAGCAUACACAAUGUACAGAAUGGGCGAGGUGGAUUCACACCCAUCUGUGUUGGAGCAAGCCACCAAAUUUUGUCAGAUGCAGCUUGGAAAAUCAUAUCCACAGAAUGCAUAUGAAAUGAAUAAAUCCAGUUCUAAGUAUGUACCAGUAUCAGAUGCUUCUGAAAGUAACCUUAAUGUUCCAAUGCCAUCUGUCAGUGCAUAUACUCCAGAUGCUUGGCAAAAAGAAUUUGCAAAAUCUCUCAUGAUGCCCGUCUUACCAUGCAAAUCAAAGACCAAGCAAGAAGUUGAACCCAAUAAAGAUCCACUGAUUUUGAUUCCUAUUGAAAACAAAUUCAACAAACAUCUUGUGCAAAAUCCAAUUCCGAAUCAGCGUCCUGUCGUUUCUACCCAGAUGGUGCAUGUUGAGAAGCCUAAGGCUGAAAAUCUGCAAGCUUGUUCAGUGGCUUUCUUACCAGUUACUCCUGUAUUUUCAAAAGAUGCCGUUAAUCUCCCAAAUGCUGUACAGGCUACAUCACUCCUUUCUUGUCAGGCGUACGAAUGCUUUGAUGUUUUGACUAGCAUUAUGCAAGCCUCUGGAUAUAAAGUCGCUCCUCAGACAAUGGCCCCUCCGCCCACAAAGGACAAUAAUGCACCUAUCAAUUUGGUAAAGGCCAAGCCUGACGUGAAGAAUGUUCCUUGUGCUACGAGCACUUCAACACCCAAAGGGAAUGUUGGAAGGCCAAAGAAACGAAAAAGAAAGGCACCUUUUCAAAAAAUGGAAGCCCUGAAUCUGUGCAAGCGUAUGUCAACGAAACCUAUUGUAAGCACAUCUAUUGCCCAUUCUAUAGCUGAGCUUAAAGUUGGCCCCAUUGUCAGCAUCCCUAAAGUUGCACCGCCUGAAACUGUAUCUUCGUCUUUUACCAAUCCAAUUCCUAGUGUCUUAGACAAUUCUAAUUCAAAGAUUCAGAUCAUCUCUGACCAGUCUAGUCAAAAGCCUGAUAUUUCUACAGAGAAUGUAAAGAUCCCUAACCAAUCUAGUCAAAAACCUGAACAUCCCACAGAGAAAACAAUGAAAGACAAUCAACCGGGUGAAAUUGCUGUUGCUGCUACCGUACAAGAAUCUGUUGAAAUAACCAAUGUUUCGGAGGUUGUUUCAGUUAAGGAAAAAUUCGAAAAAUCUACAGUUCCGCCGAAAUCUUCGCAGGCAAUUGAAUCUAUAAAAGAAAUUUCACCCAAAAGUACCGCAGAAAAAAUUGAAAUAUGUACAUCUGAAUCUAAGUCUCCUCAACUCCCAGAAAAUACUGUUGAUACUUCUUUGAAAGCUGAUCAUAAAAUUGUAGAAGCAACAUUAGAAUCUACUCAAAUUAUUCAAAAAUCAGUUAAUACUUCUGAGACCAACGAUAAAGGCGCGAUUGAGUUAUCUACUUUCCCGAUAGAAUUUCAAACUUCCACCGAUUCUUCUGGAAAUGAUAAUAUCAUACUCAGUGAAGUAUCUACUUCAAAAUUAAUGUCUACUCAUUUAGUCACAACUUCUGUUGACGGUUCUGGAAAUGUUAAUCUUAAAAUCACUGAAAGACCUUCCUCUUCAUUAAAUUCUAAUGAAAUAGUCAGCGAUUCAGCUGACUUAUCUAAAAAUGAUAGUCAUGCGAUUACAGAAUCAUGUAUGGCUUUGUUAGAAUCUAUCGAAAAAAAUGAAAUUUCAGUUGGCUUGUCUGGAAAUGAAAAUGUGGCAGAAAUCCCCUCAGGUAUUGCAACAGUUUCUGAAAAUUCAGUCAUUAUGGAAAAUGCGGCUGAAAUCCCCUCAAGUACUGCAUCAAUUUCUCAGAUUUCUGAAAAUUCAGUCAUAAUGGAAAAUGUGGCUGAAACCCUUUCAGUUAUUGCGAAAGUUUCUGAGGUUUCUGAAAAUUCGAUCAUAAUGGAAAAUGUGGCUGAAACCCCCUCAGUUAUUGCAAAAGUUUCUGAAAAUUCAGUCAUAAUGGAAAAUGUGGUUGAAACACCCUCAGUUAUUGCAUUAGUUUCUGACGUUUCUGAAAAUUUAGUCACAAUGGAAAAUUCUGCUGUAGAUCAGAUUUCCUCAAAGCCAUCCACACUAAUGGAACCAAUUGUUCAGGAAUCAGAAGCAUUAGAAUUUACAUCUGAAGAAAAGAAGGAAAGCACUGUGAUUGAAGGUUCUCAUACUGAAACUGAUGGAAUUAUUUCUGGUGAUACCUCUUCCGAUGAAAACAAUGAUUCUUCGUCAUCAACUAAUAUAGAGAUGUGCGUAAUAGAACAAUGUGCGAAGGAAAUGCUGGAAUUCAUCAAUAAAAAGGUCGAAGAUAUGGUGUUAAACACCAAGUCAACCACUGACUUUCCCAGUAUAGAGGCACUUUCGGUUUCCAGAGAAUUAGCUAAAAAUGCAGCAUUAUUAAAAACCGAUUUUGAAAACGUGAUUGAAGACAAUUCCGAUACAUUAGAUGCAGAAAUAAAAGAUGAAAGCUUAUGCAGUGCGGAAGUGAAAAAUGAAAAUGAAGUAGUGGGGGAUUUGAAAUCAUUCGAAAAUCAACUGAACAUUCUAAAGGAAGAGUCAGAAAUAACUCCUACAGAGACUUGUGAAUCGCUUAAGGAACCUUUGGUGGAGUUAAUCACUUCUUCACCUAAAUCAGAACAUAAGGAAGGCAAGGACGAAGACAAAGAAACUGACUGUUAAAUGAUUUUCAGAUUAAUGUGAUCUUGAAACAGAGAACUCGGAAGUUUUAUGCAAUCUUUAUUUAUUUUCCAUUUCAUUUCAUUUUGUUUUUUUUCUCGUAAGAAACAAUUUGCUACAUUAUUUUGGAAAAGUACUCAAGAUGGUCCGUAAAUCACAUUACCAUUUAAACGCAGGAUGGAGUGGUCAAACCUGAGUUCUUCAAGUCUAAUAAAAUUACGUUUUCUCAUUCCUUUGUCAGGAUAACAGUUAUCGACUUUUGGUCAGAAUAUGAACGCUGUGAGUGCUUAGAAUUUUAGUUUCAGAGUUUCACAUACGAGAGCUUUGUAGCAUAAUGUUUAAAAAAAACAAUCGAGUGUGCAUUUUUAACGCCCCCCCCCCCCCUCCUUCAACAGAUUCAAACCGAAAUUUCAAUACUACAAUUUUAGUAACAAGGCCAAAUACCAAAUUUCAUUUAUUUAAAUUGUUAGGUUUUUGAUUUAUUGCAUUUACAUGCUUGCAAAUGUACAGAUUAACAAAAACUCAAUUCUUUAACAAAUUUUGUUUCAAAAUUUGAUUCUGUUCUAUACUUUGGAUGUCAAAACUGAAUGCAAAAUUUUGUCUAUCUCUGCGUUUUGUAGUUACUGAGUGCACUUGGACAGGUAACGUCUUGCGAAUGGAUUUCGUCUAAAACUUGAGAUAAAUCUACAAUUUGGCGUAAAAACCACAUACUAAGUUUCAUCCAUCUAGCUCAAAGCGUUUUCGAGUUAUCGCGCCCACAGAUGGACAUAAUUUUCAAAAAUGUAUCUUUUGAACCUGAAAUAAGAGAUUAUUCAAAAUCUCGAAUAAUCGGUGAUUGCAAUAUUUUCAUUUUGUAUAUUUCUUACCCAAGAAAGGAAAAAUAAUCUUUGUAUUUUUAUUUAUUUCAACUGAUCCUUGUGCAGCUCGAAAUACUCGUCCUGACUUUAGUUCAAAAUCCGAUUCCAUCGAAGGCGAUGUGUUUUUUGUCUUAGUGCACGUGGCAUCCGCUGAGAUCACGCUUUCCUUUUGUUGGAAUUUUAACCCUCUCAUUACUAUUUCGGCCCAAUCCGGCCAUGCAAGUUUAUAUAAAUGAGCCUUUUGGAGCCGGUUUGUUUCUCAAAUGAUGGAUUCGGGAUUUGAAGCGAGGCCAUUCUUAGGGAUAAUUUGCUUUACAUCCUACAAUAACAAGCAAUCGUUUCAAGCAAUAACCAGCCUAAACCUAGCUCAAUAGAGAAGAGCUUUCAUUAUCGAUUUGGGUUUGGUCGGGUUAGUAGCGAAAGGGUUAAAGUAUGUGAAACUGAAUACCGAGUGAUGCUUCGCUCUCAUCAUCCGACCGCAGUUAAAAAUCGUAUAUUUCUGUCCUAAAUGAAUUCAAAAUGGAACAAUAAUUUAACUAGCUAUUGAAAAUUAUAUAAAAAAAAUAGCAACUGUUCCCUUCAUAGAAAAAACUCAGGCCAUCUUAAUACUAUUUUACAUCACUUUAGGCAGUUUGUUGUUGACUAGAGUCUAAUAUCUAUUUAGGUUUUCUUUAGAGCUUUUCGAAUAUUAUAGAACUUAUUUCAAUUAAAUACGGUCUUUCAAAUAAUCGAAGGAAAGAAAACCCCCAAUAUGUACAAAUGAUUUCUUUUAUGACAUCACGACAAUAACCUUUUCUUUUUUAAUUAUUAAUGCAGGCCUUUUAUCUUAAAUAAGGGGGCCGCGGUGGCCUGAUAAUAAGAUUUCGGAAUCGGAGGGCCUCAGGUUUGAGACAAGAUUCCGCAGAAGAACAAUCGUGUAAGCGGGUCUGGUGCACGCUAAAUUCGUCUGGGCAAACGUUCUCCCGUUGGUGCGGUGUGGAAGCUUGAAGAGGAGGUGGAAGCUCAGGUGCCGUCCUCGUCAUCUUAAUAUAACUUUAUUUUAAACAAACCCAAGCGAUUUCUAAUAUUUUUUGUUUCCUUUUCUAGGUUUGUCGAAAACUUUUUGCGAUGAAAUAUCUACAUGGCCUGAAUUAAAUUCUUUUUAUGUCUCCUAACCAUGCAAACAUAUAAAAUCCAUUUAAUUCGGUUGCAGAAGUAUAAAGAUAAAAUCAGUAAAACAUCGUUAAUAUGUAAAGGAAUGUCAGUGUUAAUAUCAGAACGCUGAAUCGUGGAUGUAUAGAGUAGAAUUUAAUAUUUUGGUUGUAUAGUUUAAACAACACUUUUCCUGUGGGAAUCUGAAAAGCUUAAAUAUUUUAUAUUAGUUAGUAACCGAAAAUCUAUAUUGUGAAUUGGGUUUAACUCUUUAAAUGAUAGCAUGACUUAUGGACCAUCUCAUUGUUUAUUUAUAUUUAGGGAAGUGAAAAAUUUUAAAAGGUGCAAGAUGUAUGUGUAUAGAAGUUUUCUUCUAUAUACAUCUUAAAAGUUAAAGCAAAUGAAAUAUGAAGGAACUGAGAUAAGAUAGAAAUUUGUGUAUACUUUCGAGAAUUUGUUGAACGCACAAUCCAUUAUUGCUUAUAUGCUUGAAAUCUUUAAAAUGAUAAUAUUUUAAAUGUUCUCUGUUUUACCGAUUUUAAAAUGUAUUCCAAUCAGUGUUUUAAAUGUUAACGA